UUCACUUUCUUUCGACAGAUGCUGCAUGUUCUUGAGAAACUGUCAGGAUUUAAAGAGAUUAGAGUUUUAGGAUUUAGGUCUGGGGAUGUCUCCGUCCGCUACGCUGCUGUCUUUGACGGAGACGCAUUGGUCUCCGAGACAGCUGGCAGCGAGAGCACGGUACCGGGUUCUGGUCUGGGUGACCAGAUGACAAUUAAGACUCAUCUUAAGGACAUGGUCACCAAAGCCCUCAGAGAAGAUACGUCACUGCCGUUGGACAUCCAUUCUGUCUGUUUUGCACCUGAGCAGGUAACAGUAAGAUCAACGUUAGAAGAGACGCCAACACCGGAAUUUCACAGUGAAAUGAAGAUGACUACAGAGACCACAGCAACUGCAAUUGAGGAACCUCAUCUUUCUCCUGCCUCUGUGGAGGUGGGAAAGCAUCAGGAGGAGAAUGAUCUAGAGAAUCUUCUAGAGUCAGAUGUCUUCAUGAAAGAAGACAUAGAUCAGAGUGUGGAAACCACGAGCGGACCUGUAAUACGCAACAAAGGGUCGGCAAGGACGGAGAGUGUCCCCAUCACUCGAGGAUAUGACCUUUCCACAGGUGUCGGUGAUAGGGGUCGUGAUGUCGUCAACCACCCCGUGCUUUCAUUCAUGGACGGAGUGUUGGGCCUUUAUGAAAAUGUAUCUGGCACUGUGCUGGUCACCAUGACACAGCCACUGGAUGAGCCAAUCACAGAAGCUCAGCCUGGCGAAGGCACAGACAAGGCAGAGCAAGGGCAAGAUCUGAGGUCAAAACACCCUGAAAUCCCAGAUUCACAUGCUACAACAGAUAGUGUGGUCUCUGCUGUCCUCACCACUGCCUGUGGACAGGAGGAUAUGGACGAUACCAGGCAGAAAGAGAAGGAGCAACGUUCUGAAACCAGCAUCCCUAUCCCGAUAGAUUAUGACGGUGGAGAUCCGGCUGGGACAGACUAUCCCCGUGAACAUGCAUCUCCAUCUUCAAAGACCAUGACCGCAGAGAGUCACAGCAGAGAGAUGGCAGUGGUGUUUAGCUUGCGGGUCGCUAAUUUGAUGUUUGCUAACAACCUGCUGAACAAAAGCUCCCCUGAUUACAGAUUACUGGAAAACGUCUUUCUUCAAGUGAUGCAGAUUUCCAGUUCUCACGACGGGCCAAACUCUGGAUCCUCCGAUAAAUCUGAGCCUGGGAAACAGAGAAUAGCCUUAUCCAUCCCGUUGCUCCCAUAUCUGCAUUCCAGUGUGACUGGAUUUAAGGAGCUCGAGAUUCUCAGCUUCAGGAACGGAAGCGUGAUCUUCAACAGGGAAAUGAAGACGUCUGGGCCGUAUAAUGUCACAGAAGCGGUCCAUCGUGUCAUCGCGAACUUCUGCUGCGGUGUGCCCAAGCGCCUCGACGUCGAGGUGGAGCACACGUCCCCGGGUGUCGAGUCUGCGGAGGUGACGGACCCUUGCAGGUUCCUGGCUUGCGGCGAGUUCUCACGCUGUGCGGUUAACGCAUUGACCCGCGAGGCCGAGUGCGUUUGCGAGCCCGGCUACGGCGCUCCGGACGGGCCUCCCUGUCGGAGUCUCUGCAGCCUCCAGCCGGACUACUGCCUCAACGGGGGGCAGUGCCACAUCGUACCAGGAGGAGGCGCUACCUGCAGAUGCCCUGUUGGUAGAUACUGGCACUUUCACGGAGAGCGUUGCACUGAGCUGGUCUCGCUGCCUGUUGACCCAUUUCUAAUCAUCAGCUGCCUUGUUGGCUUCCUUGCAUUGGUCUUGGCCGUGAUUGGGAUCUUGCUGUUAAUUAACAGGAAAUGCAUCCAGACCAGGAGGACAGUGAGUUUUGUACACAAAAAUGGCCCUUUUGCAUUUGCUCGCACUGUGAAGUUAAACCCGCUUUUUGAAAGUGACGAUGGUACCCUGAUUCGCGUGUCCAGCUUGACCCGCACCCCGAGCACCGGGCCUGGCUUCACCGGACUCUCUGAGCAGGACACCUUGAGUUCAGUCGAUGACACGCAGUUCACUAUCGAGAUCUCACGGCCACUACAUGCCACAAGACCAGACAAGUUAGAUUCAGAAAUGGACGAUUUCCGCCAAUGUUUCCCUUUUGAGGGCACGACAGAUGUUUGAAAUGUAUCCACUUGCUUUUUCUCCUGUCUGCCAGAAUAUUCACGGUUCCCAGGAGAGUGCAAGUCAGUCUCAGAUUAUGGGAAAAGCAAGUAAAGAAUGAACAGUGACUAAUUAGGUAUUUAAUGACUACAAUAAUAAGCAAGCCAUUAUAACCUAUAGAAAUACUUUGUAUAUUGUGUUCUAAUAUUUUCUCACUUCCCACCUAGUUGUGAAAAUUCUUGCAUCUAGAAUAAGAGAAUGCAAACACUGCUAAUU